CCGCGCCCCUCCCGCGACUCCUCCAAGAUGGCGAGCGGCGGCGGAGGCAGCGGGGGGGUUUCGGUGCCUGCGCUGUGGAGCGAAGUGAACCGUUAUGGCCAGAACGGCGACUUCACGCGCGCCCUCAAGACCGUCAACAAGAUAUUGCAGAUCAACAAGGACGACAUCACCGCCCUGCACUGUAAGGUAGUGUGCCUGAUUCAGAACGGGAGUUUCAAGGAAGCCCUGAAUGUCAUCAACACCCAUACCAAAGCGUUAGCAAGUAACUCUCUGUCCUUUGAGAAGGCAUAUUGCGAAUACAGGCUGAACAGAAUAGAGAAUGCCCUGAAGACAAUAGAAAGUGCCAACCAGCAGACAGACAAACUAAAGGAGCUUUAUGGACAAGUGUUGUACCGUCUGGAACGCUAUGACGAAUGUCUAGCCGUGUAUAGAGACCUCGUUCGAAACUCCCAAGAUGAUUAUGACGAGGAGAGGAAAACAAACCUUUCAGCAGUUGUUGCAGCUCAAAGCAACUGGGAAAAAGUGGUUCCGGAGAACCUGGGCCUCCAAGAAGGCACACACGAACUGUGUUACAAUGCUGCGUGCGCGCUCAUAGGACAAGGCCACCUGAACCAGGCAAUGAAAAUCCUGCAGAAAGCUGAAGAUCUUUGCCGCCGUUCAUUCUCAGAAGAUGCUGAUGGGACUGAGGAGGACCCCCAGGCAGAACUGGCUAUCAUUCAUGGUCAGAUGGCCUACAUUCUGCAGCUUCAGGGCCGCACAGAGGAGGCUCUGCAACUUUACAAUCAGAUAAUAAAGCUGAAGCCCACAGAUGUGGGACUACUGGCCGUGAUUGCAAACAACAUCAUUACCAUUAAUAAGGACCAAAAUGUCUUUGACUCUAAAAAGAAAGUGAAGUUAACCAAUGCAGAAGGAGUCGAGUUUAAGCUUUCUAAGAAACAACUGCAAGCAAUAGAAUUCAACAAAGCUUUACUAGCUAUGUACACAAACCAGGCAGAACAGUGCCGCAAAAUAUCUGCCAGCUUGCAGUCCCAAAGUCCUGAACGUCUGCUGCCAGUGUUGAUCCAGGCUGCCCAGCUCUGCCGUGAGAAGCAGCAUGCGAAAGCCAUAGAGCUGCUUCAGGAAUUUGCAGAUCAGCAUCCAGAAAAUGCCGCUGAAAUUAAGCUUACCAUGGCACAGUUGAAAAUUUCCCAAGGUAAUAUUUCCAAAGCAUGUCUGAUACUGAGAAGCAUAGAAGAGUUAAAGCAUAAACCAGGCAUGGUAUCUGCGUUAGUGACCAUGUACAGCCACGAGGAGGAUAUUGAUAGUGCCAUUGAGGUCUUCACGCAAGCUAUCCAGUGGUACCAAAGCCACCAGCCUAAAUCGCCUGCUCAUUUGUCCUUGAUAAGAGAAGCUGCAAACUUCAAACUCAAAUAUGGACGGAAGAAAGAAGCGAUCAGUGACCUGGAGCAGCUGUGGAAACAAAACCCAAAAGAUAUUCACACCCUGGCGCAGCUCAUUUCCGCUUACUCUCUUGUGGACCCAGAGAAAGCAAAAGCUCUUAGUAAACACUUGCCCUCAUCAGACAGUAUGUCUCUAAAAGUAGAUGUAGACGCUCUCGAGAAUUCUCCUGGUGCUACAUACGUUCGGAAGAAGGGUGGAAAAGUCACUGGAGAUAGUCAACCAAAGGAACAAGGACAGGGAGAUUUGAAAAAAAAGAAAAAGAAAAAGAAAGGAAAGCUUCCUAAGAAUUACGAUCCAAAAGUUACCCCGGAUCCAGAAAGGUGGCUUCCGAUGCGGGAGCGCUCCUACUACCGAGGGAGAAAGAAGGGUAAAAAGAAGGACCAGAUUGGAAAAGGGACGCAGGGGGCGGCCGCCGGAGCUUCCUCUGAACUGGAUGCCAGUAAAACUGUGAGCAGCCCGCCCACCUCGCCCAGGCCUGGCAGCACAGCCACAGUGUCGGCCUCCACGAGUAACGUCAUACCCCCACGGCACCAGAAACCUGCAGGAGCGCCAGCAGCAAAAAAGAGGCAGCAGCAGAAAAAGAAGAAAGGAGGAAAAGGUGGCUGGUGACCAGAGUGCUGUUGUCACAGGCUGUUUUUAAAGCAGUCUCAGUACCACUAGGGACAUAAUAAAGGUAACGCAGCAAGAAGCACAGAAUUCCCUCUCUGACCCCAUUUUCAUGAAAUAACUCCUUACACGUCAAGUAGGAAAGCAUCUUCCUCAAGCUGCCUAAUCAGGUGUGGCCUCCUGUCCGUGGAGCCCUGCAGAUGGUGAAGCCUGGAGCUGACCAAACACUUGCCUCCCUUGCCCUCUGUUCCUCCCUCCCUCCCUUCUCUCCCUCUUUCUGUUAACUUGAUUUUUCCCCCCAUUUCACAAACAAGACAUCUUUUUUAUGGUUUCCAGAAUUUUAACUCCAAGUGUUUCUACUGCUUUCAACUGGAGUCUUAAGACACCUGUUACUUGUCAAGUCUCACCCUAAAUUAUGUCUUAGGAAGCCCAAGGAGACUGAAAAUGGAAUCUUCUGAGCAUUCCAUACAUUUGUUUAGAAAUAUCAUGUGAUGAAGAGAUCUUAAUAAAGCAUUAGUGUUCUCAAAUGAGUGGCCACAAAAAGACUUAAGUAUCUAAAAUAAAUUUAUCCAUAAAUUUUGUCAUGUGAUACUAGAAUUCUGAUAGACUUUUCAUUUAUAUGUCUACAUAUCUGGCUUCUUUGUACCCCUUGUCCUUUUCAAAUUACGUUAGCACCAUUGAGGACCUCAGGAAAACAUACCAAUGUUACAAGUAAUCCCGGUGUUCUGAGAUUAGAUGCAUUUGGAUUGUCUUAAUGAGAAGAUUAAUGGCCCCAUCAAGGACAUAAACUGGUUUUAUUAUUUCAAGAGAAAACAAUAUCAGGAAGUAUUAAAAUCUAACAAGAGUGUUUGGCCCAAUCAAUAGAUACUCGAAUGAUUCCUCUUUCAAGUUUUGUUACCUUUCUCAAAGUCAUGUGUGUUUGAGGCUUAAUGCUGCCCUUGGCUUUCCUUACUGUCCAGCCACUUCAACAUUCAGCAGCUACGGGACACACACUGUGAUGUCUUCCCCUGUUUAGUCUUCAUCUGUGCUGCCCAAACUUAUGGACUUGUUUUUCCUUGUGGUCAUAUUAUUCUGUUUUUAUAAAGUGCUGCUGUCUUUGACUGACCAUAUCUACUGAAACCUCUUGAGAAAGAGUUUUAAAAAGCUUUCUCCUUUUUAAGAAGGGUGCUUCCUGUCUAGCAUAACCAGAAUCUGCAGUGGCAUCUGAAAAGAUGUGAAACUAAGAGUGACUUAUUACCACAUAACACUUCGGAGAGCUACAAAAGCUGACGGGUAUUUACUGCUUUUGAAUACCCUAUUACAAGAAUAAUUGUUUAUAAAUCUGUUAUCUAGGACUCCAUUACAUUUUUGUGGUUAAAGAUAAUUGUUUUUUAGGUUAACUAAGCAAAAGAAUCCUGAUGAAAAUUUCCCAUCUUUGAAAAUUUUGAUCCAAGACACACAAUGAACUACAAACAUGGUACUCUGUUAGUCAUUGCUGUUAUUUCCACACCAUAGAAACAUCUGUUCAAAUAAAACAUUGUCAAAUGAA